UAUUUUAGCUUCAGAGAAUCAUAUAAGGUAGAAUUGGGAGAAGAACACAGAUUCUAGAAUCGGAUCACUUCCAAACCCUCACGAUGAGGCUGGGAACACCACAACCUCACAGCUUCCUUUGUCCAGGUCUCUGGCUCUUGACACUAUUUUUACUCAGAACAGCAGAAGCUCAAGGUAAAGAAGAUGAUACAUUAGUUUUAGAAGGACCACGUUGUUCCCCUGGCCCUCCUGGCCCUCCAGGCAAGCCCGGUCCCUCGGGCCCUCCUGGCCCUGUAGGACGCCCAGGAUUUCCUGGGAUUCCAGGUAUGUUAGGAGUUCCAGGACUAAUCGGACCCCCAGGCGCAAGAGGUUUUCCUGGAAUACCAGGCAGUCCUGGAGUGUCUCCUCCACUACAGAAAUCUGCCUUUGCUGCAGAACUGGGCAAAGAUUAUCCAGAACCAAACCAGCCCAUCGUGUUCCACAAGAUCCUAUACAAUGAACAGCAACAUUUAGAUGAGGCGUCGGGUACCUUCACCUGCCAAUUCCCUGGAGCCUAUUACUUUGCCUACAACCUACAGGCAAACCAGAAUUCACAUGUCAUAUUGAUGAAAAAUGGUGUAGAGGUGAUACAAUCUUAUCAGAAUGCUACAGGUGGUUUUGAAAACUUUUCAGGUAGUCUGAUCCUUAACCUGGAUAAAGGAGAGCGGGUGUGGUUACAAGCAAACCAGGAUUAUAAUGGGAUAACCCAAGGAAGUCACUUUAUGGGUAAUCUUCUUCUUUGAAUCCUAGGUUAACAACAUAGAAACAAGUCAGGAUAUAAAGUACAGCAUAAUUAAUCUUCUAAGCAUUUACAUUGCUGAUUUGUAAAUUAUUUCUCUUGAUAUCUGGGGCCCCAUGCAGUGCAUCUUCUUGCAUGCAGAACUAAGGCUGCAUUGGAAAGCUAUUUACAGGGAAAGAACAGCCAUUGAUCUCAACAUGACUAUAGCAACCGUGCUUAUGAUCACAAUCUAAGUAGUUCCAUGUUUAAUUAAGGCUGAGGAUUAGUUCAGAGAAAUGGUUUUAUUAUAUUCGGAGAAGAGAAAAUGUUGAUUCAAUGAGAAAUGUCCAAAAAUUAUGUAGGAAGAAGCCAAG